AUGACUGCUCAUCUCCAAGCUCCAAGCUCUCUCCGACUUCAUUCAGGUGAAUCACAACAUAUACAGAUGUCAAGGAGGCCAGCUAGUUUAUCAAGGCGUUUGGGUGAUGGAACUGGCAUUCCCUUUAUGGGAUCCUUGAAUCCAAAAUCACGCCCUUCCCCUUUCUUAUCCAUUGGCCUUGUUCUAGUGGGAGCUUUUCUCAUAAUUGGCUAUGUUUAUAGUGGUUCAGGUGGAAGCAAUAUUGAUAAAGUGGCUCUAAGUAGGCUUGAAGGUGGUGUUUCAUGUUCAGCAGAGAUUAAUCAAGCAUUACCAUAUCUAAAAAAAGCAUAUGGUGACAGCAUGCAUAAAGUUCUACACGUGGGUCCCGAUUCAUGUUCAGUGGUGUCCAAAUUAUUGAAAGAAGAAGAUACAGAAGCAUGGGGUCUUGAACCUUAUGAUUUAGAUGAAAGUGAUGCAAACUGCAAGAGCCUUAUAAGAAAAGGAAUUGUUCGUGUUGCUGAUAUUAAGUUUCCUCUUCCUUAUAAAUCAAAAUCAUUUUCUCUUGUUAUUGUUUCGGAUGCUCUUGACUAUUUGUCACCAAGGUACCUCAACAAAACUCUUCCAGAAUUAUCAAGAGUAUCUUCAGAUGGAUUUGUUAUUCUCUCUGGUUAUCCUGGUCAACGUAGAGUCAAAGUGGCUGAAAUGUCCAAAUUUGGUCGCCCUGCGAAAUUGCGAAGCUCUUCGUGGUGGAUUCGGUUUUUUGUUCAGACAAAAUUAGAAGAAAAUGAAGUUGCUACUAAAAAAUUCGAAUUGGCUGCAGCCAAGAAGGCAUACCAGUCAACGUGUCAAAUUUUCCAUCUCAAAUCACUCCAUUGAAUUCAAUAUUUUGAUGAAAUAUGAAAUAUGGAAAAGGUAAAAAUGGUAAACUAUAUACCUCAAAUACCAUGCAUACACAACAACUUGGAUUUUUUUUUUUAUGAAGAAGAU